AGUCGUCGUGUUCUCUGCGUUAAACUUAACCUCGCAUCCAUGGGCUCCUAGCAUACAGGCUAAAUGUGUAAACCUGGUAAUUGUUGUUUUAACUGUAUUUUGGCUGCUUUUGAGAACACUUUUCUCGCUAGUAUGAAAACUAACAGAAACGACAACACGUCCUGAACCCUUUAAUCACCGGAUAAAGACUGUUUCAUCAUUUUGUGCUUUUCUUUUGGCGUGGACAUCACCUCUGUGUGGAGGAAAUACAGCUGGAGUGAUAGUGUGGCUGUCUUGAGGUCCAGAGGGUUAUGGAUCCUCUGGGUGCUCGCUCCCAGUUUGUGGACAUCCAGACUCUCUCCACCUGGCAGCAGCAGCUGGGUGAGGACGGCGAGGAGGCGCCCAAGCUGGACCAGAGCGACAGCCUGCUCAGUCAGCAGAGCUUCCCUUCGCCCUUCCCCUUCAGACCGGACAUCAACCGCAAGAUCAUCCUCUUCACCGGAGAUGUCGCCCUGCUGAACUGCACCUCCAUCGUGAACACAAGCAAUGAAAUGCUAAACGACAAGAACCCGGUGUCGGACAACAUCCAUCAGUAUGCCGGGCCAGAGCUGCGAGACGAGCUGCUCAGAUUCAAAGGAUGUCGGACAGGGGAGGCCAAGCUGACCAAAGGCUUCAACCUGGCGGCGAGGUUCAUCAUCCACACAGUGGGACCAAAGUACAAAGCCAAGUACAGGACAGCUGCAGAGAGCUCGCUCUACAGCUGCUACAGAAACAUCAUGCAGCUGGCCGUGGAGAAGUCCAUGACGUCUGUCGGCAUCUGUGUGGUGAGCACGACCAAAAGAGGUUACCCACUGGAGGACGCUACCCACAUGGCUUUCAGAACUGUGCGCAGGUUCCUGGAGAAUCAUGGGAACAGCCUGGAGGCGGUGGUGUUCGCCGUGUCAGAAACAGAAGAGCUGGUUUUCAAGAAGUUGCUGCCUCUGUACUUCCCUCGCUCUGACGAAGAGGAGAGGGCCUCCCUGCCUCUCAUCCCAGCCGACAUCGGAAACUCUGAGGGUGAACCCGUCGUCCCGGAGAGACAGAUCCGCAUCGCCGAGAAGCCCGGCACGCUGGAAGAUGACUCUGAAGAGGAGAGCCUGGAGUCCGAUCUGGGUCAGGUGGGGACUCACGCCUUUGCUCGGAUGGAGGGCGACGUGGACAAGCAGAGGAAACAGAUCCUGCAGGGCCAGAUGUCUGAGGCGGCGAUUCAGAAGCAACAUCAGAGAAAUUACAACCGCUGGCUGUGUCGGGCGCGAGCAGAGGACCUGUCAGACAUCGCUGCACUGAAAGCCUUAUAUCAAACCGGUGUGGAUAUGUGCGGCAGGACGGUGAUGGUUGUUGUCGGACGAAACAUCCCGGUGACCCUCAUCGACCUGGAAAAGGCCCUGCUCUACUUCGUCCACGUGAUGGACCACAUCACGGUGAAGGAAUACGUGAUGGUUUACUUCCACACGCUGACCGGAGAGCACAACCACCUGGACCCACACUUCCUCAAGAACCUCUACGACAUCGUGGACGCCAAGUUCAAGAAGAAUUUGAAAGCCUUCUACUUUGUACAUCCAACAUUUCGCUCUAAGGUCUCUACGUGGUUCUUCACCACCUUCAGCGUGUCUGGAAUAAAGGACCGGGUUCGCUACCUGGACAACCUGCAGCAGCUCUUCACCUGCAUCAAACCCGAGCAGAUCGACAUCCCUCCGUUUGUCCUGGAGUAUGACGCCCGGAUCAACGGACCCCAGAACCCGUCCCAGUCUUCAGGUCUGUGACAGGAGAGCAUCAGACUCCGCUGCGGGGUUGGACGAGGUGGUGUCAGUCUGCCAAAUGGAAGCAGUUUAUGGACGUCGAGUUUCCAGUGUGGUCUGAACUCCUAACCUCCUCUCAAACCUCUGAACCGAACCGAGGGAAGCUCUCCUUUUGUUCUGCCUCUGCCAAAAGGACCAAAUUAACAGCCUCAGCCCACAUUUAGCAGCAUGAGGCCAGGCGGGCGGUCAUUCUCUCUCACCACGGACUAUUUGUGGAUCUGGUUGGUUUCUGGAUUAUGCCUUACACUGAUGGUUCUUAUUCAGCAGUUUCCUCAAAAAUCCCUAAAUAUGAAGCGUAAUGUCACGUCUGACGGCCUUUUCCACCGUGUGGUCGUAUCAGACGUCCUCGCCCCGGGCUCAGAAUACUGUCAGGCUCUUCAAAUGCUGGAGGACGAUGACGUCUGUCUGGAUUCCCGUCUCAUGCUGGACCACAACACGCAGGAGGGCAGAAAACACUGGAUGAAGAAAAGACCUUUAAAACCUGAAGCUCACUAUUGCUGUAAGCUGGAAUUUCCCACCUGGUGAUUCAUUGUACACAACCUCUGCUCUCUGCUGCAGUCACAAUCAGAAACCCCAGGGAGCUAGCUUCGUCACGUAGAACAUUCACAUCACAAGUUAAUUUAAAGGGAUAGUUCGUUAUUUGAAGGGGGGUUGUAUGAGGACCAAUUAUUGAGUAUACUGCCGCACUAAUGUCGGUGUAGAGAAAAUUCUCCUUGCUCAACUUAAGCCUCUGUUUGGCUCUACUUCAUGUAAGCUACACACCUGUUCCCCCACAUGUAGCGCACCAAUCAGCUGUUCAGAUUAACAGAACACGCUCUGAAUCUCUGUGGAAAAGUAAACAGAGAUUGUAGCGGGGCUGGUAGCAAGCGAACCAGCUAUCAAAGAGACCGCACUGCCCUCAAGCAGAAGUUUAAAUCAGCCUUAAGAGUUUUAGUUCAGCUCCUCUUCUGCCACUAACACACUGAAGGAAGCAGGUACACAGCAGCGUUCAGUGAGGCAGGGUAACUCUGGAUGAUGCCGACUGCAGCCGUACAUGAGCCGCUGGUAUCCUCUGAUUCAGAAGGAUCCUGAAGUACUCUUGUUAUGAAGUCCCACUCCUUACAGCAGUAGCAGAAGUAGACCACCAGGUAACUUUGCAUCUAGUCCUUUUCUCCAGUGAGCACAGAAGCCUCUCUGCUUUCUCCUUCAGUUUCGUUCUCUCUCUGCAAACCCACUUGCAGUAAACGUCAUCGUCGCUGUCAGAGCCGCUCAUUCAUCAGCGAGGCUGCAUCUCUUUCAAAGCCUCGACCCGGGCCAAACUUACUUACGCCCUCAGGUCGGCAAAGUAAACAUCAGACACUAACAUCAACAUCGGGUCUGACUUUCUUGGAAAGAGCUAAACAACAUCAUGCUGAACCUGCAGCGGUUCAUAGCCUAGCUCCUCAAUUGCUCAACAGUACCUCAUACAACCUCACUAUAAAACACUGAACUGUCCCUUUAAUCAUGAAGCAACUUAAAGGAGUAGUUUGAAAAACACAAGAAGACUCCUGCUGCUUUUAUUCAGCUGCAUCAGGGUGACUCAGUUUAGCACAGAGUGUUAAAGACAGGGUGACUCUGUCCCUCUCAGAUAAACACACUUUCUUUUUAUACAUCGUACACAAUAAGGGUUCAGUUCAUCUGCUGUAAGGUACUUUAAGGUGUAUUUUCUUAAUCUAGAGCAGAAAUAGGGAGCUGCAGCUUCAUAUUUAACUCAAACAUGACAUCAGUAACUUAAACUCAUGUACUCAGAACAUAUCCACCAAUGUAAACCCUUCCCUUUAAGUUUAAUCUUCAGUUUGUGGAUUUAAGGCGACGUGAAAUCAAGAGAAGACGUGCUGCUGAGGUCUGAUAUCUCCUUGUUGCCUUGUCCUUGUAAUUUCCCACGUUAAGGUGUGUCUUGAAGGCAGCACAGAGUGAGACUCUGGACUAACGCUGUAAAAAGUAACUGAACCAGUUCAAUAAUCAAACAGAAAAAUUAACCUCUGAUGAUUUCAUGAUUGAUCUUUAUUCUUUCAGCAGAAGAUGACACACAGUCACCGGUUUCAGUUUCUGAAAUGUGAACAUUUGCUGCUCUUUGUGUUCAUUGUGUUCUUUACGUGUUCCUUUAGGAUGUCAGCUGGACCUCUUUUUGGCGUUAUGGGCAUUUUUGUAUUUCUUUAAAUGUCGUGGUUCAAAUAAUAAAUCAACACAGAAUCAUGAAACAGUCAGCUGCUGCCUCAAUCAGAACGUGUCCUCUCUCUCCGUCAGGACUCUGAGUGAUUGUAAAUCCAGUUUUCAGGCUGGAGGUUGUUUUCUGCUGCAGGUGGAACUCACAGCUUGAUGUUCUCGACGUGUCAGUGAGGAGAUUAUGUAUAAAUGAAUUAAUUAUAUUCACACACCGCUCUAAUUUAUUGUAUAUUGUCUUUGCUUUGAUGUCGUCUCACGUUACGUUUUCCUGAUUCACUCAUCGUUUCAUCCGUCACAGCAAAGAAACAGACGCAUGAAACAUUCAAAACUUAAUCCUAAUUCAUAAUAACUCAUCCCUUGGUCGUCCUCUUGCAGCAAAAUCAAACAUUUUCUUGUUCCAGCUUCUAAAAUCGAGGAUUGACAACUUUUCUUUGUUAACUUUGAAUCGAAUAAAGAUUAUUUGUGUUUGGAUCACUGAUUGGUUCAAAGGUGACAUAUCAUACAAAAUCGACUUUUAAUGGUUCUCUAACCUGAAAUAUGUGUCCCUGUCUACAAACCCCCCUGAAAUGAAAAAAAUCCAUUCUGCCCCUGUUCUGAUUUCUCCCAUCUUUCUGUAAAUGUGUGUGAAACGAGCCGUUUCAGUUUUCAGUGUUUUUCAUACGUCACGACGCCAUCUGGUCUGUAACAGGAAGUCAGAGCUCGGAGCUUGUUCAGCCCAUAGACUGUAUAAAAUACAACUCAACCCCUCCUCCGUUUUUCAUUCCCUGCACACACGUGUGCUAACAAGGAGCUUAGGAGGGAGGCAUGCUAGUUGUAGGCUGUCUUAAUAAACACAAAGGUCGGUUUUACUCCCCACGUCUGCAGAUUUGACGAUCUAGUGGAUGAAUUUUAUUUGUCAUGGAUAAGUGCUAGCGCUAGUUAGCAUAGCCACAUAGCUACAUGUUGGUAGCUGUGUACCAAGACACACGUCUACAUACUGACAAAUAAAACAACAAGAAACACUAAAUCUGUGACCAAUCCUUCAGAAAGGUCCUGCUGCAGGCGCCUCUCCGUCAGGAUCAGAUUCUGUAACACAGGUCUGUGAGCAGCCGUGUAUAUUCAGCCAACAUGUAACAUUAGAUCAACGUGCUGGAGAGCCGAGGCCACACCCACUUCCUGAGGGGGCGUGGUCAGAGAGCUCAUUCUCAUUUAAGGCACAGACACAUAAACCAGCCUGUUCUGAGCAGGGCUCAAAAGAGGGGUUUACAGGCAGACCAAAUCUGAUUUCAAGUGUUUUAUGAGCAAUAAACUUUAAAGACAUGUUUUGGGGACCUCUAUAUGACCAAUAUCUGUUGAUGAAAAAAGCGUGAUAUGUCACCUAAAAUAUUCAGUAGUAUAUCUAAGCUCUUGUGUUUCCCUCCUGCAUACAUGUUGUCGUCUGAACUCGUCGAGAAUGUAUGUAAAGAUGAGCCAAAACCGAAAGUCCUGGAAAUGUACAAUACUUUUCUUCUGUAUGAUUUAAAGGUAAGAAUGAGAGGUUGACCGGCGUCACCAACCUCUGUGAUUUACAGAACGUGCCGUCCAUCCUGUUCUCAUGCAGUUUGUUUUUUUAAUAAACACUGAUUAAAAUGAUUUUCUGUAAAAGUGA